AUGUAUGAAAAUGUCCCAACAGGUACAUUUAUCUGCUCUCAUUAUUGAACAGUUUAAUGAACAGAAUGGGAUAUAAAUGUGCAAAAACUAUGCAUUUCACAAUAAUUGAAAAUGUCCUGUGUGUGUGUACAUGUAUGUUUUCAUGGGCCUGUGUGUGUGCGCCUCAGUCUCCACAGUGGAGCGCCAGCAGGUGCUGCAGGCCUUGGAGCGGCUGCAGGCUAAGAUGGCCCAGAGGGAGGAGUGGACCCACAGUGAGAGGCUGGGGGUGCUAAGGGAUGCCCUACAGAGCCCAUUGCUAGGACACAUCCUCACGCUGCAGCACUCAAUCAAACAACUUAAAGACCAGGUAAUAAUCAGAGAAUGAUGUGCAAACUGUCUUUGAGGACCCAUUGCUUAGGAAUAGAGCAUAACGGUGAUGGAGUGAGAUAUGGACAUUUCAUUUGUUAUAUGGCCCAUUUAUGAUUAAGGCUAUAUGUCGGAUUACUUGAGUUUGUAACCCGACUUAUAAUAGCGGACAUGUAUCCCAAGUUAAUAUAUCCCAAGAGAAAGUUGAUUUUUAAUGCUAUGUAACAUUUCUGAUUUGUAUAAAAUGUUGAAACCCCUCAAUGUCAGUGUACGUUCAGUCUACAGAACACAUCAUUCUAAACCUUUUGCUUCAGCUGAAAAGGAGGCAUCAAAAAAAGGGGCCUGGCACUUUCAUUCAUUUGUAUUCUGAUCACGUUUUUAUUGACGUAAAAAAAAUGAACUCCUUACUAACAAUAAACAAUCCACAUGCCAAAUUAAGAUAAUGGCAAUAACCGAUGCCUGCCUUCAUAUUCUAAGUGCUGCGAAGGUCAGCCGAGUGUCUAUGAAUGCGUCAGGUGAAAACCUAUAGCGGGAUGGAGAGGCGGAGGUGGCGGCAUUGGCGGGUCGGCUCUUUUGUGGAUCUAUCAAGCUUUAAUAUCUACUGUCUGGGUUUGAGUAACUGCCUUGUCGGAGAUGUAUUGAUGAAAUUGCGGGGAAAAGCCGCUCUGUCAGCCUGGGCUAAAUAAACAGGAGACUGAUAACGUUCCACAAUGUGAGUCUAAAGGUCAUUAAUACAUUACCUGUUUGGGACUGGCCAAAGCUGCUACUGCUGAAGAGGAAUUUAUUGAUUUUGUUAUCCCCCCCUUUUCUCCCCUUUUUUUAUUUGUCUUCUUUUUUUUGUAGACAUUGUCUCCACAUGUAAAGGCACCAUUGUUUCUCUUGCUCUUGUAUUUACUGAAACGCUAAUCUGCAGCCCUUUUUCCUAUCGUGGGAAAAUUGGAUGUGAAAGAAUGUAGCUUACAGUUGGUUGUUGGUUGAAGAAAAGCCUAGAAUGGCAGCCUGGCCUUUUUUUGUGUGGCUUUAUCCAAUUAGAUAUCUCUGACCUUGUAUCUUUAGUCACAUAAUCACAUUAACCCCCUUUAGUCGAUUGACACACUGGUACGUCAGUCUAAGUAACAUCAUUUAUAAAAUCCCCAUCAAAAUCUGUCAGUUUAAGCAAGAGAUAUCAGUUUUUUUGCAUUGGAUAUGUCUCAAUCCACCGCAUCUGCCGAUGUCGCACUUCCGCAUCUGCCGUGAAAGGUGGCAGAGCUAGAGCGGUGUUUGUCAGACCAUGAGACAUCCAGAAAAUUGGUCUUCUCUCAAAAACAUCUGUAGUGUACGAAAGGUUUGGCCUACAAAACAGUUUUGCUCACUGUGGAAAGGGGUGAUUCCCACAAAGUCAAUACAUUGUUUUUAUAUAUACCUAAAGGGGUCCUAAAAUUCAAAAAAGCUAAUUGAUCCAUAUUAUGACCAUCUUAAAACAAUUCCAUGUGUCAGCUUAGCACCCCCUCCCCCCAACGUAUUAGACCCUAAAGAGUUAACUGAAAAUAUUCUACUUAAUUUUUUGUAAACAAAGCAGCUCUACAAUAGCUUCCUCCUCAUCAUCCGCCACAGUGAAAUAACCCACCAAACCUCCUCUCUUCUCCUCUUCUCCCCCCAGCUGAACUGCAUGCCUCCCGACACCUGCAGUGAGUUCAGCUUCUCCAGGAAGGGCCAGCUGAUCGUCAGUGCCAGCCGCCCGGCCAGCAGCCUGUGCACGUCCGGCCCCGGCUCGGUUCUGUCCAAUGGCUCAGCCCUCUCCUCAGUGGGCCUCCGCUCCCCCGACCAGCUCCAGAGAUGGCUCCACACUGCCGCCAAGGUUCUGCACCUGUUCUGCCCACGCACACGCCCACCUGAUGCUGUUGUCACAGCUAGCUAUGAUACUACCACGGUUAUGGCCAUGUGUACUAGGUCUGGUGGUGGAUAGAUGGUGGUUUUAGACUGUGUCACCUGUGUAUUGGUGUGCUGUAUUUGGUGGAGAAUUAAGAUAUUGUGAUUUUAAACAGUUUUACCUGGAUAUUUAAUUUACUGUGUUCGGUGGUGAUAUAGCUUUAAACAGUGUUACCUCUGUAUUUAAAGCCUUUAGCUUUAAAGGGAUACUUUGGGAUUUUGGCAAUGAGGCCAUUUAUCUGCUUCCCCAGAGUUAGAUGAACUUGUGGAUACCAUUUUUCUGUCUCUGUGUCCAGUAUGAAGGAAGUUAGAGGUAGUUUCAUCUCACUCUGGGGAAGUAGUUGGGGCCUCAUUGCCAAAAUCCCGAAGUAUCCCUUUAAAUCGAUGUAUGUGGGUAUUUGAGACGUGUUCUGUACAUUUUGACCAGAUGACAUUUGAAUAUUUAUGACCUGACCUAUGUAAUAAUUGUGUCUUGUGUUGUAGGGGAGGCCGACUGAGCACAUCAGCCUGCCCAAGCCCCCGUCUGGAGGCCUGGGCUUCAGUGUGGUAGGCCUGAGGCCUGAGGGGACUGGGGGCCACGGGGUCUUCAUCAGACAGGUCCAGCCUGGGAGCAUCGCACACAGGUACGGCCUACUGUCCCUCCUCCUUCUCUUUUACUGCCCCAAGUGUUCAUUUGGUUCAGGUUAGAGUUUAGAAAUUCUGGUAACUUUCCUAACAUUUCCAGGACGAUUCCUGGAAUCAGGAUGGAAUAAGCAGGAAAUGUGCAAUCCUCUAACCAGGAUUUCUGGAAAACCUGAGAAUUUUGGGACAGUUAUCGGAAUCUUGCAACUCUGGUUCAGACCAACUCUUGGACAACAUUCUGCCAUAUUACCUGAUAAUCUAGUGAAGGACACCUCAAUAUACGCAGAUUAGUAUGUUUGCCAACUCUUAUUAGGCCCACUUCCAAGGAUAACAUUACACAUUCAUAAACAAUGCUUGUAUCAGCUUAUGUCAUCAACAAAUGGUAUGCAGAGAUUUUUCUAGUUAAUUUAACACUGCUUGUAAUGGGCACUGCCAAGAAUGGGAUACACAGACCACUGACAGGUCACUGUGCUGUUAUAGAGACACCUUAUGAGCGAAGACCCUUUAAAAAAGGUGUCUAUCUCAAUGGGACUUCCUGGUUAAAUAAACAUGACAUAAAAACAUACAAGAUACACAUUCCUUGUUUAUUCUAGAUGGGGUUACUGUGAAAACGAUGUCCAUUUCUGAUGUAAAAAGGGCUUUACAAAUAUAUAGUCGUUAUUUGUAUUGUGUGUGUGCCGGUAGGGAUGGGCGCAUGCAGGAGAACGACCAGAUCCUGGUGAUCAACGGGACCCCCCUGGACCAGAGUGUCACCCAGCAGCAGGCCAUCACUCUGCUGCAGCAGCCUGGGGACAGGGUGGAUCUGGUGGUGGCCCGGGAACCAUCAACUGCCACACAGCACACGCCGCUGCUCCCACCCGGACCCAUCAUUCAAAAGGUAAGUUCAAAGCAUGUAUUUAUGUAUCUCAGUAAGAAAAUGCCUUCAUAUUUUGAUAUACACUGCUCAAAAAAAUUAAGUGAACACUUAAACAACACAAUGUAACUCCAAGUCAAUCACACUUCUGUGAAAUCAAACUGUCCACUUAGGAAGCAACACUGAUUGACAAUACAUUUCACAUGCUGUUGUGCAAAUGGAAUAGACAACAGGUGGAAAUUAUAGGCAAUUAGCAAGACGCCCCCAAUAAAGGACUGGUUUUGCAGGUGGUGACCACAGACCACUUCUCAGUUCCUAUGCUUCCUGGCUGAUGUUUUGGUCACUUUUGAAUGCUGGCGGUGCUUUCACUCUAGUGGUAGCAUGAGACGGAGUCUACAACCCACACAAGUGGCUCAGGUAGUGCAGCUCAUCCAGGAUGGCACAUCAAUGUGAGCUGUGGCAAGAAGGUUUGCUGUGUCUGUCAGCGUAGUGUCCAGAGCAUGGAGGCACUACCAGGAGACAGGCCAGUACACCAGGAGACGUGGAGGAGGCCGUAGGAGGGCAACAACCCAGCAGCAGGACUGCUACCUCCGCCUUUGUGCAAGGAGGAGCAGGAGGAGCACUGCCAGAGCCCUGCAAAAUGACCUCCAGCAGGCCACAAAUGUGCAUGUGUCUGCUCAAACGGUCAGAAACAGACUCCAUGAGGGUGGUAUGAGGGCCCGACGUCCACAGGUGGGGGUUGUGCUUACAGCCCAACACCGUGCAGGACGUUUGGCAUUUGCCAGAGAACACCAAGAUUGGCAAAUUUGCCACUGGCGCCCUGUGCUCUUCACAGAUGAAAGCAGGUUCACACUGAGCACGUGACAGACGUGACAGAGUCUGGAGACGCCGUGGAGAACGUUCUGCUGCCUGCAACAUCCUCCAGCAUGACCGGUUUGGCGUGGGUCAGUCAUGGUGUGGGGUGGCAUUUCUUUGGGGGGCCGCACAGCCCUCCAUGUGCUCGCCAGAGGUAGCCUUACUGCCAUUAGGUACCGAGAUGAGAUCCUCAGACCCCUUGUGAGACCAUAUGCUGGUGUGGUUGGCCCUGGGUUCCUCCUAAUGCAAGACAAUGCUAGACCUCAUGUGGCUGGAGUGUGUCAGCAGUUCCUGCAAGAGGAAGGCAUUGAUGCUAUGGACUGGCCUGCCCGUUCCCCAGACCUGAAUCCAAUUGAGCACAUCUGGGACAUCAUGUCUCGCUCCAUCCACCAACGCCACGUUGCACCACAGACUGUCCAGGAGUUGGCGGAUGCUUUAGUCCAGGUCUGGGAGGAGAUCCCUCAGGAGACCAUCUGCCACCUCAUCAGGAGCAUGCCCAGGCGUUGUAGGGAGGUCAUUCAGGCACGUGGAGGCCACACACACUACUGAGCCUCAUUUUGACUUGUUUUAAGGACAUUACAUCAAAGUUGGAUCAGCCUGUAGUGUGGUUUUCCACUUUAAUUUUGAGUGUGACUCCAAAUCCAGACCUCCAUGGGUUGAUACAUUUGAUUUCCAUUGAUCAUUUUUGUGUGAUUUUGUUGUCAGCACAUUCAACUAUGUAAAGAAAAAAUUAUUUAAUAAGAUUAUUUCAUUCAUUCAGAUCUAGGAUGUGUUAUUUUAGUGUUCCCUUUAUUUUUUUGAGCAGUGUAUGUUAUACAGACCACUGUCAUGUCAUGGUGCUACAUUGGAUUUGGCCCUUUCGAAUACAUAAAUGAAAGGCAUUGUGUUUUCACUGUUUUGAGCGCUGCAUGACUGUAUUUGUUGAGGUUGAUUCAGGCAACCAGAUAUUCAUGGAUCGCACGUUUCGUCACAAUAUUGUUUUGAACGUUCUCUUGUGCACUGAUGCCCAACUGAAGUUUCUACUCAAUGCCUUGUCAAUGUCCGCUGAUGAAGAUUUAGUCUAAAGUGCAUUAUAGAAGCUUGGAAACACAGUGACAUUUCAAAAGGAGGCAAAUAAUUAGUAGGAUAACCUUUUGUCAUCUUUGUGAUGUCGCCAGAUUGACUUGAGAUGAAGUAUAACUUUAGCUAGCUAAGAUUGAGGGGACAGCACCAAGUUUUUGCUAGCUAAUGCAACAUGUAAAGUGUUGGUCUCAUGUUUCAUGAGCUGAAAUAAAAGAUCCCAGAAAUGUUCCAUACUCACAAAAAGCUUAUUUCUCUAAACUUUUGUGCACAAAUUUAUUUACAUCCCUGUUAAUUGAGCAUUUCUCCUUUGUCAAGAUAAUCCAUCCACCUGACAGGUGUGGCAUAUCAAGAAGCUGAUUAAACAGCAUGAUCCUUAUACAGGUGCACCUUGUGCUGGGGACAAGAAAAGGCCACUCUAUAAUGUGCAGUUUUGUCACACAACACAAUGCCACAGAUGUCUCAAGUUUUGAGGGAGAGUGCAAUUGGCAUGAUGACUGCAGGAAUUUCCACCAGAGCUUUUGCCAGAGAAUUGAAUGUUUAUUUCUCUACCAUAAGCCACCUCCAACUGCGUUUGAGAGAAUUUGGCAGUACGUCCAACCGGCCUCACAACCGCAGACCACGUGUAUGGCAUCGUGUGGCGAACGGUUUGCUGAUGUCAACUUUGUGAACAGAGUGCCCCAUGGUGGCGGUGGGGUUAUGGUAUGGGCAGGCAUAAGCUACGGACAACGAACACAAUUGCAUUUUAUCGAUGGCAAUUUGAAUGCACAAAAAUACCGUGACAAGAUCCUGAGGCCAUGUGAAAUGCAUAGAUUAGAGCCUAAUGAAUUCAUUUAAAUUGACUGAUUUCCUCAUAUGAACUGUAACUCAGUAAAAUCUUUGCAAUUGUUGCAUGUUACGUUUAUUUUUGUUCAGUAUAUUUUUGACGAGCUUUGCUAGCUAAUGGCACCAUUGCCAUCAAGUAAAUUUGACGACAUCAUAAUGAUGGCAAAGUUGUUUCCUACUUCUUAUUUGACAAAUUUUGCAAUGUCAUCGUAUUUCCACGCUACUGUAGUAUAAUUUAGACGAAACGGUCAUUAGGCCCUGUUCAGAAUGACUGGGCACCAAUAUGGCUGAGGCGUCUGUAGAACGUUCAAAACGAUUGCAACAACGUGAUGGAGGUGCAACCCAUGAUUAGGAGGCAACUGUUUCUUGUUUUAAAAGUGGUACUACUAUUGAUUUAUUGUGGUUAAAAAUGUUGAAGUGUUUGUCCUCGUGGCCUUCAGGUCAAUGUUUUUAGCGAAGUCCAAUCAAUAUAAGUACUAGGAAGAAGUCGGGUCGAUAACUAGGCAAAUGCAAUGUUUUUUUUGGCUCUGGAUCAACUCAUGUUGUCUACUGAUCGCUCGCCAUUUGACUCCUAUGCAGGGGUCUAUAGGGCACAGGAGCGUCAGUAUGUCUAAAAUCUAGCUUAUACUUUUUAACACUGUCAUAAAGGUCAAGGCUAUUUCCUGUUAUUCUGUAGCCUGUCACACAAAACAGGCACUUGACCAUCACUGGAGAGUAAAUGGCAUGAAUCCGGUUUGGAGGUCAGGUUUUAAGUGAUGCUACUUGACUCUAGGAGUCGAAAUUCGGAUUUGAAAUUCAUAUUUAUGCAGUAUCGUACUACCCGUGGGCUGUUGACAUUGAGUGUAUGAUGUUGUUGUUCCUAUAGCCUAAAGGAAAUCAAAUUAGUGCUUCACUUGCAGGAUUGCCUCCUGACAAUAUUUAUUUAAGUCACUGUGCGCUAGCUCAAUCAAUGUAGACUUGGAUGUCAAGGAGAGGAAAGAAGAGAGUUAGGAGACCUAAUGCAUAGAAAAAGUGAACCAUAGAUUUGUUGUCGGGUAAAACAGGCAAAAUGCAUGUCUUUAAAUCCUCUUGUCUUUUGAGCAAUGGUCAUCUAAGCUGUAAGACUAUAAAAAGCUCUGUUUUUAGUUGAUACGUUUUUCAUUCAUUCAAACUGUUAAAUUACAUUUUAGCUUUCAUAUCUGAUUAUUCAGUGUCAGGUAACCUACACUGAACAAAAAUAUAAACACAACAUGUAAGGAGUUGGUCCCAAAUAAAAGAUCCCAGAAAUGUUUAAUGUGCUCAAAAAGCCUACUUUGUUCAAAUGUUGUGCACAUUCCUGUUAGUGAGCAUUUCUCCUUUGCCAAGAUAAUCCAUCCACCUGACAGGUGUGGCAUAUCAAGAAGCUGGUUAAACAGCAUGAUCAUUACACAGGUGCACAUUGUGCUGGGGACAAUAAAAGGCCACUCUAAAAUGUGGGGUUUUGUCACACUAUACAAUGCCAUAGAUGUCUCCGUUUUGAGGGAGCGUGCAAUUGGCAUGCUGACUGCAGGAAUGUCCACCAGAGCUGUUGCCAGAGAAUUGAAUGUUCAUUUCUCUACCAUGAGCAAUGUUUUGGAGGAUUUGGCAGUACGUCCAACCGGCCUCAUAACCACAGACCACAGUGUAACCAAGUGAGCCCAUGACCUCCACAUCUGGCUUGUCCACCUGCGGGAUUGUCUGAGACCAGCCACCCGGACAGCUGAUGAAACUGUGAGUUUGCACAACAGAAUAAUUACUGCACAAACUGUCAGAAACCAUCUCAGGGAAGCUCAUCUGCAUGCUUGUCGUCCUCACCAGGGUCUUGACCUGACUGCAGUUUCGUGUCGUAACUGACUUCAGUGGGCACAUGCUCACCUUCAAUGGCCACUGGCACGCUGGAGAUGUGAUCUUCACGGAUUAAUCCUGGUUUCAAGUGCGCUGGGCAGAUAGAAGACAGCAUUAAUGGCGUCGUAUGGGCGAGCAGUUUGCUGAUGUUAACAUUUUGAACAGAGUGCCCCAUGGUGGCGGUGGGGUUAUGGUAUUGGCAGGCAUAAGCUACGGACAACGAACACAAUUGCAUUUUAUCGAUGGCAAUUUGAAUGCACAGAGAUACCGUGAAGAGAUGCUGAAGCCCAUUGUGGUGCCUUUCAUCCGCCGCCAUCACCUCGUGUUUCAGCAUGAUAAUGUACGGCCCCAUGUCGCAAGGAUCUGUACACAGUUCCUGGAAGCUGAAAAUGUCCCAGCUCUUCCAUGGCCUGUAUACUCACCAGACAUGUCACCCAUUGAGCAUGUUUGGAAUGCUCUGGAUCGAUGUGUAUGACCGCGCGUUCCAGUUCCUGCCAAUAUCCUGCUACUUCGCACAGCCAUUGAAGAAGAUUGGGACAUCAGGCCACGAUCAACAGCCUGAUCAACUAUAUGCGAAGGAGAUGUCGAGCUGCAUGAGGCAAAUGGUGGUCGCUCCAGAUACUGACUGGUUUUCUGAUCCAUGUCCCAACCUUUUUGUUUUUUAAAGAUAUCUGUGACCACAGAUGCAUAUCUGUAUUCCCAGUCUUGUGAAAUCCAUAGAUUAGGGCUUAAUGAAUGCAUUUCAAUUUCCUUAUAUGAACUGUAACUCAGUAAAAUCUUUGAAGUUAUUGCAUGUUGCGUUUAUAUUUUUGUUCAGUGUAUAAUAAGGCAAAGAGUGGUAGUUAUUGAUAAAGCAUUAUUGUCAUUAAACUCAAUGGUCAAAAAUAGGUAGAAGUUUUUAUCAGAACUGACAUGUAAAGGGAGGUGUAGAAUGAGCAACUUGCAGCGGGUGAAAAUGAGAUGGGCUAUAUCAACACUGGGGUGACGGAUACGAUUAACCUGAAGCUCCGACAACAAACAUAUGGCAUAUAUUUAUUAUAAACAGAACCAGUCCUAACCGCUGCAAGUUUAAUUAAAGGCCCAGUGCAGUCACAAAUGUGAUUUUCCUGUGAUUUAUAUACACUGAGUGUACAAAAUAUUAAGAACAACUUCCUAAUAUUGAGUUGCACAGCACCCCCCUUUCCCCCUCAGAACAGCCUCAAUAUGUUGUGGCUUGGACUCUACAAGGUGUUGAAAGAAUUCCACAGGCAUGCUAGUCCAUGUUGACUCCAAUGCUUCCCACAGUUGUGUCAAGUUGGCUGGAUGUCCUUUGGGUGGUGGACAAUUCUUGAUACACACGGGAAACUGUUGAGUGUAAAAAAAAACAGCAGCAUUGCAGUUCUUGACACAAACCGGUGAGCCUGGCACCUACUACCAUACCCCAUUCAAAGGCACUUUGAAAUAUUUUUUCUUGCCCAUUCACUUUCUGAAUGGCGCAUACACACAAUCCAUGUCUCAAAAUUAUUGCAUGAGAAUUUGCUCUUUGCUAUGAAGCUAUUUUAGUUUUUUAAUUGAAAACAAUCACAGUAAUUGUUACCCAGAAAUGAUUUGAUAUUGAGAUAAAAACGGCUGCAUUGGACCUUUAAAUAACCACAAAGAAAAGCCCUCCGAAAACAAAAAUAAUAACAACAACAAAAAGUUUAAUGCAAACGAGAUGACACAGACAAGUUAGGCCUAGUUCCAGCCAUUAUGAGGUCAUUAUCUUGUGCUUUUUCACUAUUCAUGUUGUUUUUAAUUCAGUUUGGAUGGAGGCCCUAUCCUGCGUACAUAUCAAGCCAGGGCCUUGCUUUGCCUUGUGUUUUAUUCAUGUGCUGUUUCUCUUGAGGCCAUGUUUAAUGGAGCGCUGGCAAAAAAGAAAAGUCUGGAUUUGAUUUUUAUUGCAGUUUUCCCGGCCUAACGAUAUAUCACCCUGAGCCAAGAUUCCACUUCUACAAAAACCCAGACACUGCUCGCUGAUUCUCUUCAUUGCAACGUUGAAUUGACAGCUUGGCGCUAGGGUUGUGACGAUACCAGUAUCGGAAUAUUUUUUCCAUGGCAAAAAUAAAAACACGAAGCGGACCUAACUGUUGGGUCCUUUUAAAGUAAAAUAUUGUGUGCUAUAACUUGGAAAAUAAAUAAACGUGACUCUGGAUGAAAACAAAAUUAUGUUUGUUUCCGACAUUAGGGCUGCUUUCCUAAAAGUAAAAUUUGCUUUGUUUUGUUUCCUUGCUAUGAUACUAAGGAUAAUGGCGGUACUGGUAUCGUCCCUUGGCACCACUCCCUCUACUCGUUCUCUCCGUUGUGAAUGGUCAGAAAACUAUUACCGUAAACACAGAUAAAUUAGGAAUAACCAACUUGUGAAAAGGCAACAUAAAAUCAUUCUGUCGCGAUCCUGUUUAUUCCGUAUUUAUUCUGUCAUAGUUUUCGUCAGCGUGACAGUGUCCCGUAUAGACAGAAAACAAUCUCCUCUUUACUCUUGUGGGACACCAAAGGCAAUGUGAACUCCGCACGAUGAGUCACCUGUCAAUCAGAGGUCAUGAUGUCAUUCGUCCCCUCUCGUCCCCGAUACCCAUCAACUGAAUCUUCCCCUUAAAAACAAAUGUUCCUCUCCUCAGCUCCCCUUUUAAACAAGCUCCCCUGCCCUCUGUCCAUCCGGACUAGCUGUCUUAUCGUGAAAAGCUGAGAAAAUAUUGGCCUAGGUUGGCUUCAGGGGUUGGUUUCCUUCGUAUUGUACAGACGCUCUUAUCCACCCACCUCAUACCUGACAUUCUCACUAAACAUGGCUUCUAGAGCACGUUGGCAUAAUCUUAAACCCUAUGUUUCUUUGAACAUUUUAAAACCAUUCUGACGUGAUACACUUCUAUACUGUAACGAGAUGCCCUGUGCCCUUAUUCACAAAGUCUGAGUGCUGAUAUAGGAUAAGCAUGACUAUUCCUAAUAUGGACCGAGCUUCCAGGUGGGAUGAUCUAGAAGGCAUGUUGUCCCAGGCUCCCAGUAAAACUGUUUUUCUUCUCUGAAACUGAGUGCCUGGGUUGCAUGUUCUCGUUAUGGCUUUCUCAUUAAAACUGUUAUUAACCCAGACCUGUGUUUGUUUGGGUUUCAUAAGACAACUCUCUGCUGUUUGUCUAAUAAUUCUGUAACCUUUCAUGGGGCUGAACUGUCAAUAUGGAAGGAAAUGCAAUUUGGCCCACAGUUUUUCCAGAAUUUGUUUCCGUCCCUGCUCACAGCAUUUAUGGGAUUGAGAAUAUCAGGUGUAUAUUAGGUCUUUAGUUCCAUUAAUGAAGUUGAUCAAAUCCUGUGUUUCAUUUCAUCUCAUGAUGUCUAGUUUAGUGAAUAGUUAUUGUUCUAACAGUCAUAAUUGCGAGGCCUAUAUGAAUUAUGAUAAUUCAGGCUCUGUUCAGUUGCCAUUAUAUAACAGUAGCAUGUAAACAUACAUUUUCUGUGGUCAAAUCAAUUAGCCUAAGUCACAGAAUGCCUUUGUAUACUGUUAAACCCAGCAGGUAGACUCUUCACAUCUAGAUGCUCUAUUUUCAGAAUAAGACAUGUACACACAGACUGUAGAAGUUGUCUAACAAGUUUUAUUGAAUCUGCAUACUUACUCUCACAAAGUUGCUUAUUGAACUUAACCAAGCCUGCUUACAACUCUGCUCGUAAGUGAACAGGCAACACUCGUUCAUUUGAACCUGAAAGCUCAGACGGAAACCAGCCCUUGCCACAAAACACAUCUGUUUUACUGACUGUGAAGCUCCACUUCUUAUCUGGGAAAUUGCUCUUAACUUUUCUGUAGUAAGCGGGAUAAGUAGUGAGCAGGAGUGGUAGAAAGGCUUUGUCUCCCCAGGGGCUGCAGUACGUAAGACACCACAAUGAGGUUUCAUUAGAUAGAGAGAAAACUGCAGAGGAAGUCACCCAUCAGAUAACGCUGUGUAAUAAGAGAAAAGAGCUGCUCUGAUUGCAGCAGCCGAUUGGUUGGUUAAUAAAAGCCUAGGAGGAGACAUGGUUUUGAUUGGGACGGGAUGGGGGGAGUGUGUGUGUGAUCCGAGAGGUUAGCGGAGGCUUUAGAACAGGACCCAAGGGACUCACUGACCUCGACGUUGAUCAGCCGCUUGUUUUAUAUUUUGGACGUUUAGCGAAAACCAUUAAGUUGGGCCCAAUAUUUCCCCACAGCCAUGUAGUUAGCCACAGCCAUGUGAAGUUUUAAGUUAAUAUUGCAGGUCACGUAUGCACUGAUAAUUGAUAAGGCUUACUCUGGCAGGCCUCAGACUAAGGGUCGGUUUCACUCUAGUCCUGGACUAAGAAGCACUUUUAAUGAAGAUUCUUCUUCUUCUUAUUGAACAUGCUUUUUAGUCCAGAACUACAGUUCCAAUCUCUUCGCCACCAUGUUGCAGCAAGCCCAAUUUUGUCUUAUUAUUGAACAGGAUUAGCCUUCAAUCACUGAUAUUCUAUCACAGCCCUGCUCACACAUAUUGAGGUUAUAUGAAUCAAUCAUUCACUCUUAUCUUGUCUUUCUCUCUCUCGCUGUAUAGAGCGUCCAGGAGCAGUGGGGCCAUGUAGAGGAGAUGGAGCUGGUGAACGACGGCUCUGGCCUGGGCUUCGGGAUUGUUGGAGGCAAGGCCACGGGGGUGGUGGUCAGGACCCUGGUGCCAAACAGCGUGGCUGAUAAGGUAUAUUGAACAUAACAUACACUCAUGCUAUGAAAGUUAAUACAGGUAACUGCCAAAAUAAAGGAAACACCAACAUAAAGUCUCUUAAUCGGGCAUUGGGCAAGCACAAGCCGCUAGAACAGCUUCAAUGCGCCUGGAGCUCUAUUGGAGGGAGGCAACAUAAUUCUUCUAGGAGAAAUUCCGUAAUUUGGUGUUUUGUUGAUGGUGGUGGAAAAAGCUGUCUCAGGCGCCGCUCCAGAAUCUCCCAUAAGUGUUAAAUUAGGUUGCGAUCUGGUGACUGAGACACACACACACCCUUUAAACCUCGGCCUACAAUGGUUGUGCCCCCACGGAAACCUAAUUAACAUAAUACAAUCUGUCUGUUUAAGCUAGAGAUAUGUUUUUUUGCAUGGGCUGCGUCUCAAUUCACCGCUUCCGCCAAUAUCCUUCCGCGUCUGCGGUGAAAGGUGGCAGAGCUAGAACGGUGUUUGUCAGACCAUGAGACAUCCUGAAAAUCGGUCUUCUCACGAAAACAUAUAUAUGGAAAUAGUUUAGUGCCUAAAAUAAAGGGAUAAAUACAUGUAAAACUAAAUAUAAAAAAAUCUGUUGUUCCAUUUAGUGAAACUGUUACUCAAUGUGUUUUUUAUUGGCUUAUAGCAGUAAUGCCAAAUUCAUCCAAUAAUUUUGUAAUACUUUUUUUUUUAUACCUUAAGGGGUCUUAAAAUUCAAAAUCAAAUAGCAAAAUGAUCCUUGGUAUCUUAAAACAAUUCCAUAUGUUAGCUUAGAACCCCCCUCCCCUGGCUUAGACAGGGCUUAGACUCUUUAGGGUGAAACCCCCUAUGCUCUUUUGACACUUUCAAAGUCACUGAGAUCACUUCUUCUAGCCAUUGUAGCCAAAAUAAUGGGCAACUGGGUAUUUUUUAUACAUGACCCUACGCAAGAUGGGAUGUCAUUUGCUUAAUUAACUCAGGAACCACACCUGUGUGGAAGCACCUGCUUUCAAUAUACUUUUUAUCCCUCAUUUACUCAAGUGUUUCCUUUAUUUUGGCAGUUACCUGUAGAUGGCGUAGUCUGUUAAGAGGUAGGGUUGCAAUUUUCUGGAAACUUUCACCAAAUUCCAAGGUUUUUCAGAAAUCCCAUUUGAAUAAUUUCCAGGUUGUAGGAUUCACUUGCAGCUAUUCUCUCCUAAUACUAAAAAUCCUCCAACCUGGAUUUCUGAAAAUCAAUGGAAUUUUGGGAAAGUUUCAGGACUUUUCCACCCUGAACAGAGGUAUCUGAUGAUGCCCACAUUAAUAGACGUUUCAUUUGUGUUUUCUAUUCUAUUUGCCAACUCUUGUCAUGGGAUUGCCAUUUAGCUGUUGGAUUCACUCACAAUGAGUUAUGCCAGUGGUAAAUAUUAUGCUUCAUCUCAAAGAUGAAAUAAAUGUAUCCAUAAACGGAUUUGUCAAUAACAGCGCUAGUCAAUUUCGAAAGGUCAAAUUAAGAAUUUUAUUAGACGAUUAAGACGUAGGCCGUGACCCUUUUCCAUUGCACAAUAGUCCUCAGCAGUAGGCCGACCACACCAUUACAUACUCAGGGCUUUGCUUUAAAAAGCUUUCUACUUCCUUAUCCUUCUGUAACAGACCGGUCAUCCCCUAUGAAUGGUAACAGCCAGUUUAGCUGAAUUAAUGCAGAGCGCGUCCCACAAAAGGCUCAGUUACAUUAUAAUAGCCAUUGAGCCGGAGGGGGGAAAAAAGAAUCACCUUGUAAGGGGAUUACAUCCUGGCUACACAGAGCCAGCUCGCCCUGCAUCCGGCUCGUAGGACCGCUUUUCUGUUCGCAAUUACAGAGAUGUUCACCAAAGGUUUACAAUUAAAGUAUUAUCCAGGAGCGAUCUGGAUAAAAAUAACACUGUCCUUGUUUUUGAAAGCCCCCUUACAAACAGCGCGGAGGCAGAAGAGAGAGCGCGCGCGCGAGCGGAGCAAAAAAGAGAGAGCGGCAAAACAAAAGCGCGAGAGACAAAACAGAGAGAGAGGAGGCGGCCGAAAAGAGAGAGAGAGCGAGGAGGAGCGAGAGAUGAGCGAAGAGAUAGAAACGAAGCAAAAACUCGGAAGACUCUCCAACUUCCGCCUCCUCCACCCAGCUCCCACCCUCUCUCUCUCUCUCUCUUUCUCUCUCUCUCCCCACCCUCUCUCUCUCCCCCACUCUCUCUCUCCCACCCUCUCUCUCUCUCUCCCCCUGUCUCUGUCUCUCUCUGUAUCUUUCUCUCUGUUGCUCCCUCUCUCUCUCUCUCCCUCUCUCUUCCCCUCCCUCCCUUUCUCUCGCUCUCUUUCUCUCUGAAUGUCCAAGAGAGCCCGGGCACAGGCAACAAAACCCUGCUUGUUCAAAAGGCACAGUGCAACAUUUCACACAUCACUGGAUUUGAUGCUCCAAAAAAGCUGUCAAAACUGGGGCUUUGUUAGACCCUGGCGUUUCCCAUUUCAACGUUUAAUGGCCGUGCCCGGCUUCCAUGUGCCCCUGUUGUCCCGUACUUUUACCCAGGAAGAGAAGUUGGGGAGAUUUCCUGCACCAAGUUUAUGCAUCAAACGGUUUUCAUCCGUCUUUCCACAAAGGCUGCCAUUCUCCCCAUCUCUUUGUGGAUCAUGAUUUCUCUUUUUCCCCUGAGUUGAUUCUGCUUGACCUGCGAGUCGGGGAAUAUAUUUCCUAGUUUAGCUGCGCGUGCCAGGCCAGACCAGGGUGGGACUAGCCUGUUCAAGUGGGAUGUAAAAUGCAUUGGACCACAUUGGCUGAAAUAGUCUGAGGCUACUGAAAAUGAGCAGAGUUUCUGGGUGGUUCUUACAUGUACUGGCACACUUUAACAAACUGUAAGAAAUUAAGUGAAAUACAUGGAGGGUGCGGUUAUUCCUAGGCCAUGAAUUAUAAUGCUUGUGUAUGAUCUACAGUAUAUUUCAAGUUUGUAAAAAUUUUGUUCAGAAAUGUUCUCUCUCUCUCUCUCUCUCUACUCCCCCUCCUAGGAUGGGCGUCUGCGUACGGGCGACCAUAUCCUGCGUAUCGGGGAGACCCCCACUUGGGGCCUGGCCAGUGACCAGGUGGUCAAGGUGCUGCAGGGCUGCGGGAGCCGUGUGCGCAUGCUCAUCGCCCGUGACCCUUUGGGACAGCCCUCCACCUCCUUGCCUCCCCCUCCCCCGCCCGCCACCAGUCCCAUCUCAGCCCUGCCCCCACUGCCUGGAGUCGGACCCCAGCGCAGGGUCAGCAGGACUGUAAGUGAGACUGGGAAUGGAGAACAUAAGCGUGCAUACAUACACACACACACAUCCAACCAUGCAGACCUCCUGUUGUCCCUGCCUGUCUACGUGCACACACACACACAAAAUGAUGUUUUGGUGACUGCAUCCAUAAAAUGACAACAAUCCACGUACUGUAUAGCUGCUCUAUAUCUCUGUCUGUUUCCCUGUUUGUUCCAGCCCAACCUGGAGGGUUAUGAGAUCCAUGAAGUGCCUCUGAAGAAGAAGGAGGGCCAGAGCCUGGGCAUCUCCAUCAUCGGUUACAACGCCUUUACCAGCGAAGGUAGGCCCCUAAUCCCUAUUGGCACUCAGAUCCGAUAGCUAAUGUCACUCAAUGCUUUGAUGACACUGGUUGGGAUGGAUAGUUUCUUUAUUGCCCUCUCCCUUUAUCGCUCUUUCUCUCUUCACCCCUUUCUCUCGCUCCCUGAUCUCUCCCUCUCCCUGAGCUCUUCCUCCCCUCUUUCUCUCCCCUCUUUCUCUCCCCUCUCUCUCGCUCUCUCUCGCUCUGUGUGUGUCUCAGACGCUUUGGGGGUGUUUGUGAAGAACGUAGUUCCUGGGAGUGCAGCUGAGCAGAGCGGAAACAUACGGAUCCACGACAGGAUUAUAGCGGUAAGACCCUUAAUCAGCUUUUAAUGAGUGCCACCUUCAUUAACCCCUAGGUGUGUACGUGCACAGUGAGGAUCUAGUGGCAUUUUCUACCCCUUAUUGAAAUGUCCCAACACAGCACUAACACCUGAUUUAGCUAACCAAGGUCUUGGUGAUUAGAUUAUUAAAGCUGAAUCAGGUUUGUUAGUGCACGGCUAGGACUCACCUAACCAACAAAACCAUACAUCACAGUAUAACACAACCAUAUCAGGCCUUUGUCAGGUUUCUAUAGAAAUAGAGAAUGUGUUCUCAAUUACUUGAUGAGUCAUGUUGGCCUGUUCAAUUGUGUCAGAUGAACGGAGUGAGCUAAGUAAUUUUGGACUUUUCCAUUGGUUCAGAUGGAUAGGGUGAACUAAGUAAUUUUGGACUGUUCCGUUGUCAGAUGGACGGUGUGAGCCUGCAGGGCUUCACUAACCAGGAAGUUCUGGAUGUGAUGAAGCAGACGGGCCAGACGGUCCACCUCACCCUGGCCAGGAAGAUGGCCUCGCCCAGACCCUCACUGGAGAGGUCCCUGGACAAAGGUAAGGACUAUUCAUCAGUCGUCUGUGCGUGUGCGCAUGAAUGUGCGUGUGUAUUACAAACGUGUCACUACCCCUGCUACAGCACUGUACUGUAUAUCCACUAACUUCAUAGAACCUAUGGGCAUUUCCCUUAGCAAAGUCGGCAGAAAUGUCAACUUCACCAUCCCAACUCCACUGUCCUGGGGUGCGUCCCAAAUGGCACCCUAUUCCCUAUGGGCCCUGAUCAAAAGUAGUGCAUUACAUAGGGCAGGGGUAACUCUGACCCUACGAGGUUCAGAGCCUGCUGGUUUUCUCUUCUAUCUGAUAAUGAAUUGUACCCACCUCAGUCCCUGAUUUGAAGGGAACAACGAAAAAAAUGCAGUGGAACUGGAUUCGAGGUCCAGAGUUGACUUUGAAGGAUACAGUGCCUUCAGAAAGUAUUCAUACCCCUUGACUUAUUCCACAUUUUGUUGUGUUACAGCCUGAAUUCAAAAUGGUUUCAAUAUAUUUUUCUCUCACCCAUCUACACACAAUACCCCAUAAUGACAAAGUGAAAACAUGUUUUUAGAAAUUUUUGCAAAUGAAUUGAAAAUGAAUUACAGAAAUAUAUCAAAUUUAUAUAAAUAGUCACACGUCUGAGUCAAUACAUGUUAGAAUCACCUUUGGCAGCGAUUAUAGCUGUGCGUCAUUCAGUCUCCAAGAGCUUUGCACACCUGGAUUGUACAAUAUUUGCACAUUAUCCUUUUUACAAUUCUUCAAGCUCUGUCAAGUUGGUUGUUGAUCAUUGCUCGACAGCCAUUUUCAAGUCUUGCAUUGAUUUUCAAGCAGAUUUAAGUCUAUACUGUAACUCGGCCAUUCCGGAACAUUCAAUGUUGUGUUGGUAAGCAACUGCAGUGUAUAUUUGGCCGUGUGUUUUAGGUUAUUGUCCUGCUGAAAUGUGAAUUUGUCUCCCAGUGUCUGUUGGAAAGCAGACUGAACCAGGUUUUCUUCUAGGAUUUUGCCUGUGCUUAGCUCUAUUCUGUCUCUUUUUAUCCUAAAAUAGCUCCCUAGUCCAAGCAUACCCAUAACAUGACGCAGCCACCACCAUGCUUGAAAAUGUGAAGAGUGGUACUCAGUGAUGUGUUGGAUUUGCCCCAAACAAAACGCUUUGUGUUCAGGACGUAAAGUUAAUUUCUUUGCCAUAUUUUUUGCAGUUUUAUUGGAUUUUGGAAUAACUAGUUAGUAUUGUGGAAUAACUACAAUGUUGUUGAUCCAUCCUCAGUUUUCUCCUAUCACAGCCAUUAAACUCUGUAGCUGUUUUAAAGUCACCAUUGGCCUCAUAGUGAAUCCCUGAGCGGUUUCCUUCCUCUCCGGCAACUGUUAGGAAGGACGCCUGUAUCUUUGUAGUGACUGGGUGUAUUGAUACACCAUCCAAAGUGUAAUUAAUAACGUCACCAUGCUCAAAGGGAUAUUCAAUAUCUGCUUUUUUAUUUUUACCAAUCUACCAAUAGGUGCCCUUCUUUGCGAGGCAUAGGAAAACUUCCCUGGUCUUUGGGGUUGAAUCUGUGUUUGAAAUUCCAAAUCAAAUGUUAUUGGUCACAUACACGUGUUUAGCAGAUGUUAUUGCGGGUGUAGCGAAAUGCUAAUAUCUAACAAUUUCACAACAUAUACAGACGAGCGAUGUCAGAGCGGCAUGGACUAAGAUACAGUAGAAUAGUAUAGAAUACAGUAUGUACAUAUGAGAUGAGUAAUGCAAGAUAUGUAAACAUUAUUAAAGUGACUAGUGUUCCAUUUCUUAAAGUGGCUUGUGAUUUCUAUUCUGUCUAUAGGCAGUGCUAUGUCUAAAUUCACUGCUCGACUGAGGGACCUUACAGAUAAUUGUAUGUGUGGGGUACAGAGAUGAGGUAGUCAUUAAAAAAACAUAAUUCACCUUUGACAUUAUUGGGUAUUGUGUGUAAGCCAGUGAGACAAAAUCUCAAUGUAAACAAGUUUAAAUUCAGGCUGGAACACAACAAAUUGUGGAAAAAGUCAAGAGGUGUGAGUACUUUCUGAAGGCAUUUUAUAGGGAAUAGGGUGUCAUCCAAUAAGUUCAUACUCCUUCCGGCCAUUUCCAAUUACCAUCCAGCAUCAGAGGGGAAGAUUGCGAUAAGGAAUGUGUUUACUUGCUGUAAUUUCCCAAAAGUAUCUCGUCGGCAAAGCGUCCCAAGAUCUACAACCUAAUUUCCUGCGACUUCUACGAGUCCGUGUCCGUUGGUCACUUCCACAGCUAUUGGUAAGCCCAGCGUUGCGGGAGGUGAUUUAGAAGAGCAAGUUAAGCCACAGUGGGAAUCUUAUCUCUCCUGGACUCCUUUUGUUUCAUUACACCGAUGGGGGAACGGCAUACAGUGCUAACUGAAGACUGCUAGCCUUGUACACGGGGGCCCCGUGUAGCUCAGUUGGUAGAGCAUGGCGCUUGCAACACCAGGGUUGUGGGUUCGAUUCCCACGGGGGCCAGUAUGAACUGUAAGUCGCACUGGAUAAGAGCGUCUGCUAAAUGACUCAAAUGUAAAGGUACGCACACUAGGGUUGGGCGGCAUCCAGAUUUUUAUACGCUAUUGACGGUUUUCAAAGUCAUACUGACUGUAUUUCAAAAUACCCCGGUAUACUGCCCAAGCCGAACACACACACACUAAAACAGACUUGUAUGUACACACACACACGCACACACACUGGCCUUCUCUCUCAUGUAGUCUACUUGACUUGUGUUGUCCUCGGAGGGCCUAGGAUACAGUGCCUUCAGAAAGUAUUCACACCCCUUUUCCCACAUUAUUGUUGUGUUUCAGCCUUAAUUUAAAAUUGAUUAAAUUGAGAUUUUUUGCCUUCACACAAUACCCCAUCAUGUCAAACUGGAGUUAUGUUUUUAGGAUUUUUUAUAAAUUAAUAAAAAAUUAAAAGCUGAAAUGUAUUUAGUCAAUAAGUAGUCAACCCCUUUGUUAUGGCAAGCCUAAAUAAGUUCAGGAGUAAUAAUUUGCUUAACAAUUCACAUAAUAAGUUGCAUGGACUAAUGCAAAAAUUGUGUUUAACAUGAUUUUUGAUUGACGCUUCAUCUCUGUACCCCACACAUACAAUUAUCUGUAAGGUCCCUCAGUUGAGCAGUGAAUUUCAAACAGAUUCAACCACAAAGACCAGAGAGGUUUUCCAAUGCCUCGCAAAGAAGGGCAUCUAUUGGUAGAUGGGUAAAAAUAGAAUGGAUGUCCCUUUGAGCAUGGUGAAGUUAGUCAUUACACUUUGGAUAUCAAUACACCCAGUCACUACAAAGAUAUAGGCCUCCUCCCUAACUCAGUUGCUGGAGAGGAAGGGACCCGCUCAGGGAUUUCACCAUGAGGCCAAUGGUGAUUUUAAAACAGUUACAGAGUUUAAUGGCUGUGAUUAGUAGAAAACUGAGGAUGGAUCAACAACAUUGUAGUUAUUCCACAAUACUAACUUAAUUGACAGUGUGAAAAGAACGGAGCCUCUACAGAAUAAUAAUAUUACAUUUACAUUUUAGUAAUUUAGCAGACGCUCUUAUCCAGAGCGACUUACAGUUAGUGAGUGCAUACAUUUUCAUACUGGCCCCUCAUGGGAAACGAACCCACAACCCUGCCGUUGCAAGCCCCACGCUCUACCAACUGAGCUACAGGGGACUAUAUAGCUACAGGGGACUAUAUACAUUAAUCCUGUUUGAAACAAGGCACUAAAGUAAUACUGCAAAAAAUGUGGCAAAGCAAUUAACUUUUUGUCCUGAAUACAAAUGUUAUGUUUGGGGCAAAUCCAAUCCAAAUACAAUACAUGACUGAGUACCACUCUCCAUUUUUUCAAGCAUAGUGGUGGCUGUGUCAUGUUAUGGGUAUGCUUUUAAUCGUUAAGGACUGGGGUGUUUUUCAGGAUAAAAAAUUUACAGAAUGGAGCUAAGCAUAGGCAAAAUCCUAGAGGAAAACCUGGUUCAGUCUGCUUUCCAACAGACAGUGAGAGAGGAAUUCACCUUUCAGCAGGUCAAUAACCUAAAACACAAGGCCAAAUCUACAUUGGAGUUGCUUACCAAGAAGACGGUGAAUGUGGCCGAGUUACUGUUUUGACUUGGAUCUACUUGACAUUUUUUAUAGCAAUGAUCAACAACCAAUUUGACAGAGCUUGAAGAUUUAAAAAAAAAAGAAUAAUGGGCAAAUGUUGUACAAUCCAGGUGUGGAAAGCUCUUAGAGACUUAACCAGAAAGACUUGCAGCUGUAAUCGCUGCCAAAGGUGCUUCUUCAAAGUAUUGACUCGGGUGUGAAUACUUAAGUAAAUGAGAGAUUUCUGAAUUUCAUUUGCAAUAAAUAUGCAAACAUUUCUAAAAACAUGUUUUCACUUUGUCAUUAUGUGUCAUAUUUGUCAUAUUGUGUGUAGAUGGGUGAGGAAAAUACAUAUUUGAUCAAUUUUAAAUUCAGACUGUAAGGUCAAGGGGUAUGAAUACUUUCUGAAGGCACUGGUGAAGGCACUGGAGCGGGAAUCAGAAAUGAAUAGAGAGGAACUAUGUUAAAUCCUAUAUAACGCUCAGAUAAAAAUAUUCCCCCGGGUCAUCUAGGACGAAGUAACUAACGCACUGUGAGCAGUGAACUUGUACCACUUCCUGUCAGGCCAUCCAAGCUAAAACUGGAUAUUUUUCUCAAAAAAUCCACAACCAGAUUUAUUCUGAAUACAUGUGUAUUGUUGGCAGUGGGUGUAAUGUCGUUGAAUGUGGUCACGCACACACACAAUGUGAUUGAGUGUUCAUUUGUGCAACGCCUGGCUCAAAUUAACCACAAAUAUCCCCAACACAUGUCUUUCCAACCAGCCUUAUGUUCUGACCAGUAUGGCUGUUUUGUCUGGCUGCUGGUGUUUCAUAUGAUAUGUCAGAACUGCACCACAGAUAUGACUAAAUAAACAGAUACGUUGUGUGCUCUUAUGCCUCUGUGUUUGUGUUGUAGUCCAGAGAGAGCCGUCGCGUGUGUCUCUGAAGAGGUCUGCAGAGAUCAAGGCUCGGUCGUCAGACCUGCAGAGGGCCCCCAGCGUGGCCCCCCUACUGGAGCCCACUGAGACACUUCUGAUGAGCACCAGCAGAACACAGCUGGCCAGCGGUGAGCUCAUCCAUCCGUCGGUCCGUCUAUUCAUUCAUCUAUCCAUCCAUCCUCUGUUCACUCACUCACUCUCUCUGUCUCUCUCUCUCAUUCUGUCCCCUCAUGCUCCCAGUGCCUGGGUUAGGGCAGGUUAGUCAUAGAACAACGCCCACACACACACACACACACGCCUCAUUACUCCAUAGACGCACUCCCAGUCAGUCAUCUGUUGUCUAGAUGGAGGUAGCGGUCACUUACACAUACUGCGUAAACACAGCGCUGCUAGCUGACUGUUGGAUAGUCGGCCACUAGGGGGCAACAUCCCUGUCAACUGUCACAUUGUCAUUUAACCAGGUAGUGUGCCAGUACCUGUUGCACAUUAGUGACAGAACAAGAAGUCACAAUAAACAAAUAUUCCUUGUCCAGAUGAGGUGAUUGGUUUAAGUGUCUGCACCACAAAGUUUCUAUCACUUUCCUUCUAUUUUUUUAAUCCUCCCCCCAUUGUUGUCUGCCUACUGUUUCUUUUUAUAUACAGUCAGUCACUACAUAAGCACUGGAAGCUGAUCCUGUAUUACACCCUUCCACCCCCUCCACCCCACACCCCUUCCCCUCUCUCUGUGUCCGGGUCAUCGGCGGACCACGCAGUCAUUCAAACCCAACCAUUCCAUCCCCGUACCCCCCUAAACCACUCCUCCACCCCCUCUUUCAUCAGCCUCCACAGCAGGCUUGUUGGACACUGUUGGAGACAUGCUACACAUCCACCCUGCAAGAUAUAAAUAUCAAGAAAGGAAAGAAGGGGAAGAGAGGGGGUAACGGAAUAGCAGGGGGCUAGAGCUGGGAACAGGGGAAGUGUGUGUGUGUGUGUGUGGGGCUCAUGUUACACUCGGAUCUAAUGAAUCCUGACAAGACCCUUUACCUGCCAAAUCUCCAUAAUAAAGUAUUCUGUUGCACAGGGGAGCCAAUACAAGCCCCACGGAUAGCAAUGACUGCUUGUCAAGGGCUUAUUUCCGUGUGUGCGUGUUGCGUGCGUGCGUGCAUGCAAGAGUGUGUGCGUGCAAAAUCAAAACAACCUUUGUUUGGAAUCUACAGUCAAUUUGUUGUUGUGUAUAAUUAUUAGGGAUAUAAUCAGUGACACUCAUUAGGCAUGAUGGUUUGACCAUGGUUGUUAUGUGAUUAGGGCAAAGAGAGAAGGUUUAAGGUAUUUGUCUCUCAAUUAAAGUUGAUUGCUUUGGAAGUAUCACCUGAAGCAGAAAUACCAAAUGGGACCCUAUUCCCUAAGACCCAAUGGAACCUGGUCAAAAGUAUUGUACUAUAAAGGGAAUGGUGCCAUUUAGGGUACACCCAUACUUUAUGUGUGUAAGAGUCAUUGAAAGUUGAAGAUCUUAGAAACUGAUUCUAGUCCAGUCCACUGCAGAGCAAAUGUUGGCUGAUUGUCGCUUGGAGGUGGUGUUGUGAUCUGGGCUUUGUUUGUACUGUAGUUCAGUGUAGUGUCACGAGACCUGUUAAUCACAUACAGUGGGGAAAAAAAGUAUUUAGUCAGCCACCAAUUGUGCAAGUUCUCCCACUUAAAAAGAUGAGAGAGGCCUGUAAUUUUCAUCAUAGGUACACGUCAACUAUGACAGACAAAUUGAGAAGAAAAAAAUCCAGAAAAUCACAUUGUAGGAUUUUUUAUGAAUUUAUUUGCAAAUUAUGAUGGAAAAUAAGUAUUUGGUCACCUACAAACAAGCAAGAUUUCUGGCUCUCACAGACCUGUAACUUCUUCUUUAAGAGGCUCCUGUCCUCCACUCGUUACCUGUAUUAAUGGCACCUGUUUGAACUUGUUAUCAGUAUAAAAGACACCUGUCCACAACCUCAAACAGUCACACUCCAAACUCCACUAUGGCCAAGACCAAAGAGCUGUCAAAGGACACCAGAAACAAAAUUGUAGACCUGCACCAGGCUGGGAAGACUGAAUCUGCAAUAGGUAAGCAGCUUGGUUUGAAGAAAUCAACUGUGGGAGCAAUUAUUAGGAAAUGGAAGACAUACAAGACCACUGAUAAUCUCCCUCGAUCUGGGGCUCCACGCAAGAUCUCACCCCGUGGGGUCAAAAUGAUCACAAGAACGGUGAGCAAAAAUCCCAGAACCACAUGGGGGGACCUAGUGAAUGACCUGCAGAGAGCUGGGACCAAAGUAACAAAGCCUACAAUCAGUAACACACUACGCCGCCAGGGACUCAAAGCCUGCAGUGCCAGACGUGUCCCCCUGCUUAAGCCAGUACAUGUCCAGGCCCGUCUGAAGUUUGCUAGAGUGCAUUUUGAUGAUCCAGAAGAGGAUUGGGAGAAUGUCAUAUGGUCAGAUGAAACCAAAAUAGAACUUUUUGGUAAAAACUCAACUCGUCGUGUUUGGAGGACAAAGAAUGCUGAGUUGCAUCCAAAGAACACCAUACCUACUGUGAAGCAUGGGGGUGGAAACAUCAUGCUUUGGGGCUGUUUUUCUGCAAAGGGACCAGGACGACUGAUCCGUGUAAAGGAAAGAAUGAAUGGGGCCAUGUAUCGUGAGAUUGAGUGAAAACCUCCUUCCAUCAGCAAGGGCAUUGAAGAUGAAACGUGGCUGGGUCUUUCAGCAUGACAAUGAUCCCAAACACACCACCCGGGCAACGAAGGAGUGGCUUCGUAAGAAGCAUUUCAAGGUCCUGGAGUGGCCUAGCCAGUCUCCAGAUCUCAACCCCAUAGAAAAUCUUUGGAGGGAGUUGAAAGUCCGUGUUGCCCAGCGACAGCCUCAAAACAUCACUGCUCUAGAGGAGAUCUGCAUGGAGGAAUGGGCCAAAAUACCAGCAACAGUGUGUGAAAACCUUGUGAAGACUUACAGAAAACGUUUGACCUGUGUCAUUGCCAACAAAGGGUAUAUAACAAAGUAUUGAGAAACUUUUGUUAUUUACCAAAUACUUAUUUUCCACCAUAAUUUGCAAAUAAAUUCAUUAAAAAUCCUACAAUGUGAUUUGCUGGAUUUUUUUUUUUUCAUUUUGUCUGUCAUAGUUGACGUGUACCUAUGAUGAAAAUUACAGGCCUAUCUCAUCUUUUUAAGUGGGAGAACUUGCACAAUUGGUGGCUGACUAAAUACUUUUUUUCCCCCACUGUAGAAGAAUGGAUGUAUGAACCAUCAACAUUCACGUUCACAGUACAUUACACAUUUGCAAAACAAUAUCUUAUGGUAGCGCCACUGUGCCAGUACAGUAACUCAACACUUGAACCAGCCUGAUUGUGCUUGUCCAACCUAGCUCCAACACCCAUUUGUUCUCUUUCUCUCCCUCCUUUUCUCUCCCUAUUUUUUUUUUUUCUAACCUCCUUUUUUUCUUUGCUAAACGACUGAAAAGUAAUGUCAAUGUUUAGGUCCUGUGUGUAUGUGUGUGUGCUCCUCUCCACUGCCUGGCCAACAGAUGUUCCUUCCUUUCUCGACAUCCCAGUACGAUGUAUUAUCGUAUUUAUUUAGUGAAACGUUGGAGAGUAAUUGCUCUGCGUCGGCGAGGGGUUAGCAAUGCUAAUUUAAUCAGGUACAGUACUGGAGCUCAUGUCACAGGUCUUUGGGUUUGUAUGCACUGGGUUGACAGAGCGAGAGGGGCACACACAUGCACCCGCUGCUCAAACGGUUCCAUGUGUGUAUGGGGAGUGAUUGUGGUCAGUUCAGGGGAGUGAGCGCUCUCUCUGGAUGUUGAAGAGUUUCUCUUUACAUCUUUACACUGGUAAUGAACACGCAACAUAAUAUUUCCUCCUCGACAUCCUGCUGCUGAUUUCCCCCCAGGUUCAUUGUAAAGAGAGUCCUAGGCUGUUUCUCAAAUGGUACCCUAUUCCCUGUAAAGUGCACUACUUUUGGUGCACUAUAUAGAGAAUAGGGUGCCAUUUGAGACAGAGCCCUACAGUAUAGUUCUGGGGGAGCAGGAAUCAUGCCUAUUAAUUUGCUUGGACUCCGAGCUACUUGUGAUCCAGGAAGCAAUCUUUGUCCCAAGUUUGAUUUCUCACUGUGUCAAGUUUAACAGCUAUGGAUCAGAUCUUUUAUUCCUCAGUGUUAAAGAUUUCAGCCGUGGUACUAUCUAAGUUGAGGGAAUGAUUGUCUCACUCGCACUAGGACAGGCCGUUUCUAGUGAUGUUCGCGCCACACACACACACACACACACACACACACACACACACACACACACACACACACACACACACACACACACUCCGCAUGCGCCGCACGCACACAGAAUUGUUUUCAGCCGUUAAUCAAUCUUGUUUAAUGAAUUUCAGAUGGAGAAAUCUCACUCAAAGACUCAUCACAAUUUGUAUGGUUAAAUAUGUUUAGAUUUAUUGACCAGUGUAGUUAGGUACUUACUGUGUGAGAAGUUUACCCAGGAAGAUACUGAUGUUCCUGUGUUAUCCAUGGUACUACAGAUUGGUCCAUUUGCUUGUGCCAGAAGCUCAUUUUUAAGAAAUCUAUCAAUCUUAGAUUGCAGAAGCUAGUCGCACGUGUUGUGUUGUUGCCACCAAAACUGAGUUGGCGCCUAACAACCAAACAUUCUAAACUUCUACUUCUGCUAUUCAUGGGUUGCAUGUUUUGUCACAAUAUUGUUUUGAACGUUCGUAAUUUAGACGAAACAGUAGUCAGUCUCCGUCCAGAAUGACUAGGCUUGGCACCACUAUGGGGGCGCCGAUAGAGUGUGGAUUGAGAAUGUUCAUAACAAUGGCGUGACACGACCAAGUGACGAAGGUGCAACCUAUGAAUACAUUAAAUUGUGAUAUCACCCGUUUCAAAUGUAAUUGCAUUCUUAUGAUUUAGAAUCACCAUGGAACUAUUUCAAGUCAAUGCAUUUGUUUGUGGAGUCUUUUGUUUUGUAUUUUUGUUAUCUAGAAUCGUCAUAGCAAUUGAAUUUAAUGGAUAAAUCACAGACGUAUAAACUGCAUAGAAUGAAGUGGAACACAAAUAGUAGUGUAUCUCUGAUACUGGGCAACAUGUAAAACCAAGUCUACAACCAACCAUCAUAAUGGCACAGUCAGUUUAAAUUCACUCAAAUGCACCAAUCACCUAGUUAUUUUGUAGCCUGGGUGCCAGUCUGUUUCUGGUUUCUUGCCAACUCCUUAUGGAAUUGGAAUUGUCAUGUUUGGCUUGACAAUGGAGUAGGCAAAAGCACAAACAUAUCUGGGACCAGGCUAGCUCUUUUUACACAGACACACAGACACACACAUAAACCUCAACCUAAUGUCCCAUCCCUGGACCCCAAUGCCCCAAUACAUUUAUCUCUUAAAGGUACAUAUGCCACAGUUAUUAACAUUCCUCCUAGCAUCAACACUGUCACUGUGUCUCUCAGCUAUGGAGGGAGUCUCUCUGUCUGAGCUGGAGCUGAGGGCCAAAUGGGAGCAGGCCCUGGGGCCAGAUUACGACGUUCUGGUACGUUUCUAACAGCAGUUCGUUUGAUAGAAUAUGCACAGUUAGUAGCUUUUUGAUUUGCUGACACAUGAGACUGGAUCAAACCAUAGAGUCUACAUUGUCAUGGAAGCAAGUAUAUAGUGCCAUUGUUUGUGUCUUUCCCAGGUGGUUGUGCUGGACCCUGUCAUCGAAGAUGACGCUGAGCUACAGAAGUACUCCAAGGUUACAACCAGUUACAAACUCAAAAUGGAGCCUAAUGCCACACAGUUCCCCUUAAUAAAAACCUCCACAGUUCUCUAUGGGCUAAUAAAGUAUUCUAUUCUAUUCUAGCUUCUUCCCAUCCACACCAUGCGCCUGGGGGUUGAGUUGGACUCGUUCGACGGCCACCACUACAUCUCUUCUGUGGCUCCUGAGGGCCCCGUGGCCAAACACGGGCUGCUGAGACCAGAGGACGAGCUACUGGAGGUACUGGCAGGCAAUACUGCCUCCCAUCAACACGCACACGUCUGAUUACUCACAGGCGAGCAUACACACACGUACACCCACGCUGCGCGUAAGCACACACACACUAGCACUUAUGGCAACAUUUUCCUUGUCCAAAUAAAUGCAUAGUAACCAUGACAUUUGGAGAGGGAGAGAGAGAGGGGCAUGCGCACGCACACACACACACACACACACAGAGAGAGAGACACACACACACACACACAAAGAGAAGCACGCGUGCACACACACAGAGAGACGCACGCACAUACAGAAGCACGCGAUCUCACAGAGAGACGCGCACACACACUCACACAGAGAGCGAGAGAAGCACGCUCAGAGAGAGAGAGAGAGAGAGACGCACGCUCACACAGAGAAGCGCACACAGAGAAACGCUCACACACAGAGAGAUGCGCACACACAGAGAGAGAGAUCUGCCAGUCAUAAUGCGUUGUAAGAUUCAAUGGUGCAUUCUGAUAAAAAUAUGUAUUAUACACGCAAGCUUUACCUGGCGUAACCUACAUUAACAUAAUUCAGUAGGUCUUGUCCCCUAUCACCUUGAGCCUGUCCCAUAGCAUUCGUGGUCAGGCAGUUUCCUGCCUCUUGGCUUCAGUUCAGAUGUGGUUGUGGAGGGGGUGAGGUACACUUGUAUCUGCCCUACAGUAUCUACACUACAGGGGACCUCCAUGCUGUUAUAUUUGGUGUCGUUCACUGGGAUUUAGCAUUGUGUUUGCGUUCCUGUGUGUGUGUGUAUGCGUUAUCGUGUGUGUGUGUGUGUACAUACACCUAGGUGUGAGUGUUUGUAUGUGUGUGUGUUCUGCUGUGGUGAAGAGGGGCUAGCAGGCUAACUGAGGCCAUCUGCACGGCAGCCCCCUGCCUCCCUUGCCCCAUUUGUGCUACCCCCCGACCCACCCCUACCCUCUCUUCCUGCCCCUCUCCCUGGCACGGCUUGGUGCUGCUUCACUACUGUGCCCUCAGCCUGUUGCUGUUGGCAGCCCUGGCAUAAGCAGAGGCAACCGCCGUGACACAGGAGGGGGAAAUCCUGGUGUCGGAGGGGAGGAGAGCCAAAUUCAUGGAUUAAAUGCCUGGUUUUGACACAACCAUAACCCUCUGUACUAAACUCAGGGAAAAAAAUAAACAUCCCUUUUUCAGGACCCUGUCUUUCAAAGAUGAUUAGUAAAAAUCCAAAUAACUUCACAGAUCUUCAUUGUAAAGGGUUUAAACACUGUUUCCCAUGCUUGUUCAAUGAACCAUAAACAAUUAAUGAACAUGCACCUGUGGAACGGUCAUUAAGACACUAACAGCUUACAGACAGUAGGGCAAUUAAGGUCACAGUUAUGAAAACUUAGGACACUAAAGAGGCCUUUCUACUGACUCUGAAAAACACCAAAAGAAAGAUGCCCAGGGUCCCUGCUCAUCUGCGUGAACGUGCCUUAGGCAUGCUGCAAGGAGGCAUGAGGACCGCAGAUGUGGCCAGGACAAUAAAUUGCAAUGUCCGUACUGUGAGACGCUUAAGACAGCGCUACAGGGAGACAGGACGGACAGCUGAUCGUCCUCGCAGUGGCAGACCACGUGUAACAACAUCUGCACAGGAUCGUACAUCCGAACAUCACACCUGCGGGACAGGUACAGGAUGGCAACAACAACUGCCUGAGUUACACCAGGAACGCACAAUUCCUCCAUCAGUGCUCAGACUGUCCGCAAUAGGCUAAGAGAGGCUGGACUGAGGGCUUGUAGGCCUGUUGUAAGGCAGGUCCUCACCAGACAUCACCGGCAACAACGUCGCCUAUGGGCACAAACCCACCGUCGCUGGACCAGACAGGACUGGUAAAAAGUGCUCUUCACUGAUGAGUCGCGGUGUUGUCUCACCAGGGGUGAUGGUCGGAUUCGCGUUUAUCGUUGAAGGACUGAGCGUUACACCGAGGCCUGUACUCUGGAGCGGGAUUGAUUUGGAGAUGGAUGGUCUGUUAUGGUCUGGGGCGGUGUGUCACAGCAUCAUCGGACUGAGCUUGUUGUCAUUGCAGGCAAUCUCAACGCUGUGCGUUACAGGGAAGACAUCCUCCUCCCUCAUGUGGUACCCUUCCUGCAGGCUCAUCCUGACAUGACCCUCCAGCAUGACAAUGCCACCAGCCAUACUGCUCGUUCUGUGCGUGAUUUCCUGCAAGACAGGAAUGUCAGUGUUCUGCAAUGACCAGUGAGGAGCCCGGAACUCAAUCCCAUUGAGCACGUCUGGGACCUGUUGGAUCGGAGGGUGAGGGCUAGGGCCAUUCCCCCCAGAAAUGUCAGGGAACUUGCAGGUGCCUUGGUGGAAGAGUGGGGUAACAUCUCACAGCAAUAACUGGCAAAUCUGGUGCAGUCCAUGAGGAGGAGAUGCACUGCAGUACUUAAUGCAGCUGGUGGCCACACCAGAUACUGACUGUUACUUUUGAUUUUGAACCCCCCUUUGUUUAGGGACACAUUCCAUUUCUGUUAGUCACAUGUCUGUGGAACUUGUUCAGUUCAUGUCUCAGUUGUUGAGUCUUGUUAUGUUCAUAUAAAUAUUUACACAUGUUAGGUUUGCUGAAAAUAAACGCAGUUGACAGUGAGAGGAUGUUUAUUUUUUUGCUGAGUUUAGUAUAGCUCAAUCCACACCUGCAUUUUUCAAGCUGCUACUUGAAUUGAACGCAAGUCUCCCAGUAAGACCGGAGGCUGCUCAACCUUUGUAGACGGGGCCUGGUUUCCCCCACAUCGCUGGGCAAAUGGCACGUACAGUAGCAGUCAUCGCCGGGCUCUCCAGCCACUCCCUUGCAGCCCGUUCCAUUAAACAGCAAUCAAGUAGCCCAGCGGCUCCCUGAGUCCCCUCACUGAGAAUAAGGCCAUAGCUCUGGGUCUGCCCCUCUGAUCAACACACAUACACACACACACACACGCACAGAGAGGCGCACACACAGGCGAGAACACAAGCACAAACACACAAAAGCGCGUACGAACGCACACCUACACUCACACAUCUCCUUUGGGCUCCUAAAUCUCUUUUGGUUCACUUCAUUACUAGAGAGAUAACCUUUGUUGGGAGGUGUUGAAGUCACAAAUUGACUCCAUUCAUUCCAGCCAUAAACUGUUCAUUACCUUCUGAUAUCUCAUCUUCCAUUUUGAAAGCAGAGCAUAAGACCAUUGUAUUUGGUGCACCAGCCAAUAGCCAAUACAGUUGGCUGUGUAUUUACUCGAAGUGAGAAGUGUGUGCGUGUGCUCUCUCUCUCGCUCUCUCACUCUCUCUCUCUAAAGUGAGAAGUGUGUGUGCACGCUCUGCAGGUGAAUGUAGUGCUUUACUGUGUGUCUGCCUUUUGCAAGGCGAGAGAGUGCAACCAACCUCCAUUGUUUGUGUGUUAUGCAGUUGAAUUGGAUGUGUGUGUAUAUGCCGUCUUAAAUGAAUUUCAUAUACAAUACACGUUUACUUAGGGAAGUUGUGUGUGUCCAGGUGAACGGGGUGCAGCUGUACGGCAAGUCGAGGCGUGAGGCGGUGGCGUUCCUGCGUGAGGUGCCCCCUCCCUUCACCCUGGUGUGCUGCAGACACCUGACAGAGGAGGGCUCAGACUAUCAACCGGACCGCGAUGACGAGUGGCGCUCGCCCAGCCCGGCCAUCAGCUUGUCUGAGGUCAGCACGCACACAUACACAGGAACACAAACACACACUCCGAACUCACCACAUACAUAUACACACACACACACACACACGAUAGUCCAUGUCCUCCUGUGUUCUUCUAAUCUAGCUUGAAGCCAAGCUGUCCUCUGCAUUGACAAGUCAGGCCUACCUCCGAGACGACAAUGACAGUGAACAACCUCAGGUAGGCUACAUCAUAACUUCACUUCAAAGUACUGAUGCCUACUGUAUUGUGUAACUCAUAGACAAUGACAGUGACCAGGAUAGGUUGAAGUCAGUGUUGUAGCACUACAAUACCCAUGAUGCUCUGCACACCAUAUCUGGUUUUAUCUUGUAAAGAUGUUCCUGAAGCUAACAUUAUGGUGUCAAUACGUGUGCCUCUCUUCCACCCACCAGGACCAUGUGACCCUACAGGAGAUGUCGGAUGAGGAGCCGGAGGAGCCAGUGCCCACAUACCCCAGCCACCAGGAGGAGAUGCCACAGGAGAAGAGGGGGGAAGAGGAAGAGGAGGAGGAGGAUGAAGAAGGAGAGCUGGCUCUGUGGUCCCCAGACAUCCAGUUGUUGGAGCUGGAGAAGGGAGAGAGAGGCCUGGGCUUCAGCAUCCUAGACUACCAGGUAGGGAGUUGCUGCUGUACCACCUCUGCCCCUCGCACCCAUCUUCUCUCUACAUCUCUCGAACUGUAAUUCCUCUUCUGUCUCUCCCUCUCUCUUUCUUUCCUGGUUCUUUCUCCCCUUUCCCUCUCCUCCCUCCUCUCUCCUUCUCUCCUCCCCUGUCAGCUCUCCCUCUCUUCCUAUAAUUCGGGAAGGAAUGUGAACUGUGUAAGGGAGAACAUGAGAGCCUGA